CCUUUCUUGGAACCCCACACACACGCUCUUUUUCUCUUUCUUCUUUUAUUGGCUCUUGGUUCUGCUACAUUCAUCUCUUUUUUCUCCAAGAACUUAACCCAAAGUUUAAUCCAUCUUUUCCCUUCCAGAAAAAGAAAAUGGCGAGAGAGAAGAUAAAAAUAAGGAGAAUUGAUAAUAUAGCGGCGAGACAAGUGACUUUUUCCAAGAGAAGAAGAGGGCUUCUUAAGAAAGCUGAAGAGCUCUCUGUACUUUGUGAUGCCGAUGUUGCUUUGAUCAUCUUUUCGGCCACUGGAAAACUGUUUGAGUAUGCUAGUUCCAGCAUGCAAGAGUUACUCGGGAAAUAUAAGCAUCACUCGAAAAAUAACUUGGAUAAAGUUGACGAACCUUCACUCGAUCUACAGCUCCAGGAAAGUGAUGAAAUAAGGAUGGGAAAAGAGUUGUUUGACAAAAAUCAGGAACUGAGUCACUUACACGGUGAGGACCUUCAAGGACUUGCUCUAGAGGAACUUCAACGGUUGGAGACCUUGCUCGAACGAGGGCUCCAUCGUGUGCGUCGAACAAAGGACGAACGGUUUGAAAAAUUGAUAGCGAGUCUUCACCAAAAGUUGAUAAAUUUAAAUUCGAAUGGCAAGAGGCCACGAACUGAGUGCGAUAAUUUGGUAAUAAACGCCGAAGAUCAAGGGCAAUCAUCAGAUUCUGUGAUAUGUAGUUGCAACAGUGGACCUUCUCCUGAAGACGAUUGCUCUGAUACGUCUCUUAGGCUAGCGUUACCUUUUAACUAAAAAUGGCAAACCAUAAUGGAAGAUGAUGGAGAGCAAUGAAGUCAAAGGCGGUGGUGGCGGUGGUGGUGGUCAUCGUGUUUGGAAGGAAUAAGAAGCGGUGAUAGUGGUUGUGGUGGUGGUGUUUAUAAGGAAUAUAAGAAGUGUUGUAUCGACUGAAGUUUCAAGUGUAAUGUCUUUUUUUUUUCUUUCGAAAACGAAACAAAGACUUGGGAACUUGUAUUAUGAUAAUUACAUACAUAUGGUUACUUAUCCAAUUGUUAUUUUGCAAUAAGACAAAGGUUUCAUCAAGUUAUGGUUCCUUCAUUUGACU